CCUCUUAGCUCAUGCAGACCACAACUAUAAACAAGCGGUGCAGCUUCUCCGGUGUGCUAACGCUAAGCUAACCAACUUUCUUUCCCAGUCAGUGGGUUCAAGUAGGUCAGCCUCUCCAUUAGAAGUCAUCUCCAACAGCCAGAAUUGAAGACAGUGACCUGACCAAUGGACCACAGCAGUGUCAGCUCAGAAAACAAGAGGAUCCCUUUCUGUGUAGAUCAUGAAUGACAAACUAGUCUUCUUGGGCCUGCUUUACUUUGUCCAGGGCAUUCCCUAUGGUCUCCAAUCUUCCCUGCUUCCCGUCUACCUGCGUGGAGCUGGUCAUUCCCUCACCCGUAUUGGAUUCACCAAGAUCCUCUACUUCCCCUGGGUCCUCAAAGUGCUCUGGGCCCCUUUAGUGGACCGGGUGGGCACCAAGCGUCGCUGGCUGGUGGCGACAGUCUCUGGUCUGGCUCUGACAUGCCUCUCCAGUGCUGCCUUGGCCCCAGAAGCACAUAUCUGGGGAGUGGCAGGGACCCUGUUAGCCAUGAACAGUUUGGCCUCAGUACAGGAUAUAGCAGUCGACGGGGCCGCCGUGGGGUUGUUGAAAGGUCGCGGGGAGCUGGGGCUGGGCAACACAGCCCAAGUCGUGGGCUAUAAAGCUGGAUCGGUGUUUGCCGGUGGUGGGCUGCUGGCCGUGAUCGACGUGGCUGGUUGGAGCUGGAUGUUCAUGUUGCUGACGUUUGUGUAUGCAGGCGUGGCCCUGUUUGUGUGGGGGGCCCCUGUGCUGGAUGACGAGACUGUGAGGGGCCAGCAGGCUGAUGGCAGCAGGAGAGGAGGGCAGGGAGCAGACGCUAUGAGGCCAUGGAGGGUGUGGAGAAAGCUGCUGGCAGUGCCCGGCACCCCUUGGACGGUUCUGUAUGUGCUGACAUACAAACUAGGUGAGCAGGGUGCAGUUACCAUGUUUCCUCUUUUCCUAUUGGAUCAUCACAUGACCGCCAGGGAGCUCGGCUUCUGGAACGGCGUUAUCGCCAUGGGCUUCUCCAUCUGUGGGUCGUCCCUCGGAGGCCUGCUGCUCGCUCAGUUCAGCAUCGGGGCUCUGAUGCGACGUGUGUUCGUGUUGCGAACCAUCAGCAUGGUCUUCCAGAGCUCUCUACUCACUGUACUAGAACCAUCACCACUCAUGAAAGGUAUGGCCGUCUUGAGCAUGAGUGUUCAACACUUCUUGGGCGGUCUCAUCACCACGCUCACCUUCACUACCAUGAUGCAUUGCACUCAAAGGGCUGAGGAAAGCAUUCAGGCGACUCACUACAGUUUCCUGGCGACUCUGGAGGUGCUGGGCAAGCUGACGUUCAGCGCUCUGGCCGGAGGCGUAGUGGAUUGGUUCGGUUUCCAAGUUGCCUUCCUCUUCUUCCUCACGCUCUCCGCUGGGACGGCCCUGCAUGUGUGGACGGCUACAUUCACUGGUGCUCUCAGGGAACACCAGCUCAAAGAACAGCCUAAGUGAGAUCAGGAUCAGGGUGAACAGUCCUGAUACGGGGCGUCUGCUGGUGCUGAUAAUGAGUUAAACCAUCCGUAUUCAGACUGAAAAGUCCUUGGAUCGCAUUAAAUGUUAGCACUCAUGACUUUAGCAUAUCUUUUCAGUAAAGAAAUUUUUGAAUAAGUUUCUUGUUCGGCCAUUUUUAAGGAGAAAUCAGCCAUGCAGUUAAGUACUAUACUCUGUUACAGAGUGUGUUUUUUGUCAAAUCACUGGCAAAACUGGCCUUAUGUUUUAUUUAUUUUGCAUUGGAAAUGUCUGGAAAAGUCAUAAUAUUUACACCAGUGUAAGGAACGUUUGCAUAUGCUCUUAAAGAAAGGAUGAGUAUUGUUGUAUUGGGUUUGGGAAAUAUAAUCCAAGUCGUUUGUAUCAUCUGAGCCAUUUUAAUGUUUUAAUGAGCCAGCAAUAAGAGCUGUAGCCAAAAGCAAUAUCGCUUCUUUGUGAUGCUUGUUCCAUGAUAUGGUAUUGUAUAAGAAUAUGUUAGUCAUUCUCCUGAGUUCUAUGGUUUACAGUUAAUCUCUACUACCUCGUAUCAGCUCUGUAUGGUACGAUACACAGGAGGUGAAAGUACAGUAGCUGCACCAAGUAGAAGAUACAUUCAUUGCAACACACAUUGACUAGGUUAUCUAAGCCACAGUUAGCCAAAGUAGGUUAGUUACUGCACAAAUUUCAUUUUAGAAAAGGUAAUAAAAAAUACACUUCAACUGUUGAAUAAUGAGCAUUUGUUCUGUUGAAUUAAUUUCCGGUUGGGAACAGGAUACCCUGAGCCUAAACCUGAGCCUUACAAACUGCAUGGUGCCAUGUUGUCUCAGUUUUUCAGUUGAAGAUUCAGACCUGUCAAUAAACUCUGAAAACAACUUUAUAAAACCUGAAAGACCAAUAGAUAAUAUUCACAUGGUGGCCAUUUUCCUCUGAUGUAACACUCAGGGUGGGAAGCUCAAAUGUCUUACUGCUGUGUUGCAGAUUGUUCUAUAAACAUAGGGAAUCUGACAAAUUUCUGUCAUUUCACUGCUGCUCUGAUAGGGUUGCCGUGGUGAUGCAGUUGUCCCACCAACUAAUAAGCUCCUGACGACAGAGGUAUAACCAGGCACACUAGGCUCCUUACAAAAAAAAAUACACCCAGGAUCUGUGUUAGUUUGAUUAAACCAUUACAUUUUCUGCUGCACAUUAAAAGCUUUUAACUGACAUAAUACAGGUUGACUUUUAUAUGAUGUAGUCUAGUCACAGGGAAUGCAAUGAGUUUGGCAGCAGAGUGGUAGUUUCUACUUCACCUGCUUCCAAGUUGUGUGGAGAAGAAAUAAAGUCUAUAAAGGUCUAAAAGCUCCAGCAGCACUUGCAGUAUAGUUAUAGCACUGUAGUAUGUACAACAUUAUCAUUAACUAUAUUACCAGGUUCCCUAUUAAAAUUGGAUAUAAAUCCAAAAUAUUGUCUGCUUUUGCAUUUUGCCUUGACAACAAGACCUUCGCCAUUGUCUUGUUGAUCAACUCCUCUUACUCUUGUCACGUCAAAGGUGAAAUGUGACUCCUGUUACUCUGCGCUGCAACUCUGCUGCUGGCGCUGCUGCUGUACAGAGGGGAAACCUUCUGCUCAUAAACGUUUGUGAAAAAGCAAAACAGUGAUGGGGUGGUGGGUAAGUAAUGUAAUCGGUGUAAGCCCGAACAACGUGUAACACCAACUGCCACAGCAAGACUACCCGCUUAUUGGAGAGCACCUGUCGAGACAAUGGAAAGUGCAAAUCUGGAGGGACAGUUUGCCUCAUUUCAAAGUGAUUUAUUAGCUUCUAUUAACGUUCAGCCAUUAAGCAUUCAGCCACUUCCUAGCUAACAUUAACAUUUGAUAGUGUUACACAAGUCAAGAGGAAAGGCAUAACUAAUUUAAAAUAUCAAGGCACAUCUUGGGCACAUUUAUUUGAGCUUGGGUUUGAAACACACAGUGAUGUUAGUUGGGAAAAGGUUAAAUGCUAACGUUGGCUGAUGGGUUAUCAAAUAUGUUGUUUUAUCUUAACUAUGGCCCAUGUCCCUCCAAAUUUUCACUGACAUCUUUUUGGUUGCUCAUCAAUCAUCCAGGUGAUUUUACACCUCAAACCUCUUGAAGUUUGCAAACUCUCUUGGCUUCAUGCACCGCUAGGCAGCUUUCACAGGAUUGAACGCAGCUCCGAUAGUGUAACCAGAUUUUACAUUUUUGUAUCCCAGGUCAAACCAACUAAGUUUAUACAGCAGUGUAACGUUAACCCGCUUCGCACCCGAGCAUGACAUUUGAAGAAAAUGGCCACCGUGUGAGUAUGGUCUAUACCACUGGCAAUGGCUGCGACCAUUGUUUCACUUAACUUGUUUAAACAUUACAUAUAUGUACUAUAAAAACAUACUGUAACUCUCCAUGGUACUGUAUACUACAUAAAAUAAUUUUCUCCAAGCUUAAGAUAUGAAUGAAGCAGCAAGGUAGAAUGUUCUUUUCUUUUCACCAGGCUCUGUAGGAGAAUGUAUUAAUAGAAAAUAAGUCUUAAUUGUGUCGGCAGGAGACGAGGAUAGAUUGAAUGACAUAACGGCAUUAACCUCAGCCAAACUAAAAAGCUGAGUCAAUUGCUGUCACCCACACCAUGAUAAAUAAAGGGAUGCUAUACCACAUCAUCACUGGUUCAUCCAUGUAGCCAGAUCCUCUGUCAUGAGAUUUGCACAAAAAAUAAAGCUGCUGAGUGAAUGUUCCA